AUGCGUGGACCAGGGAGACAAUGUCCGAGAGGGGCUGUUGGUCCCUAUGGACCGGAAAACCUUGCAGCUGGUACGGGUGCAUUCAAUGGCGUUGCAGGUGUUAAGCUGUGGACUAAUGAAGCUAAGGACUAUAAUCCGAAAAACCCCCAGACGUCUCAUUUCACUCAGGUGGUAUGGAAAAAUACAAAGGAAGUCGGGUGUGCUAUCAAGACCUGCCCAAACUUGUUCGACAGCAAGUUCCGGGACGCCCAGUUCUUGGUUUGCGAGUACAACCCUCCUGGAAAUGUUAUCGGCCAAUUCCCUCGAAACGUUCAGAAGUGA